CCAGAGCUGCCUCGGUGGAAGACGAGAAUGAAGUGCGGGACGACGAAGAUGCUCUUGUUGAAAAAGAAAAUGGUUCCGUAUCCCAUCUUCAGAACGGAAGAUUCCAUACUUUUGAACCGAAAAGAAGAACACUAACAGGCAGCCGGAGCAGCUUCAUGUCCUCUGUUUCUGCUCUUCCGCCGACUGCUUACGAAGGUAAGAGCUUCCGCCCGUCGGCCUCGACCUUGGAACAAGGAGCAGCUGGAGGUCGUGCACUGAGGAUCGGUAGUGGAG